CCCUAACCAAUUGACCCCAUUGAACCCCCUCAUCCCCCACAUCCACCCACCAUGCCCCCCAAAACCCUACAAGACUCCCUCCGCGAGGCCCUCCGCCGACGAGAAACCAAGCUCUCCCGACGCCGUCUAACCCUCAUCCCGGACACCUCCGUGGAUUUCUCCUCCAACGACUUCCUCUCCCUCUCCACCUCCCCCAUCUUCCGCUCCCGCUACCAAGCUCACCUCCAACAAGCCCCCCCCUUCUACCCCUUCGCCAGCGGCGGCUCACGUCUCCUAGCCGGCAACUCCCCCUACGCCGAAGCCCUCGAAGAAUUCAUCUCCGACUUCCACAACGCCCCGAGCGGCCUGCUCUUCAACUCCGGCUUCGACGCCAACGUCGGCGUCCUCUCCUGCAUCCCCCAACCAGGCGAUCUACUCGUCCACGAUGAAUUCAUCCACGCCAGCGCGCACGAAGGCAUGCGCCUCUCCCGCGCGGGCAAGAAAGUCCCCUUUGCGCAUAGUUCGCCCUCAAGUCUAGAAGAGGUCCUGCAGGGGGAGAUUUCCACGGACGAGAGAAUCCGCGAUGGCUCCCGGAAUGUGUUUAUCGUCAUUGAGUCGGUUUAUAGUAUGGAUGGGGAUAUUGCGCCUAUUCGGGAGUUCGUGGAGGUUGUGGAGAGACUGUUGCCAUUGGGGAAUGGGUAUUUUGUUGUGGAUGAGGCGCAUGCCACGGGGGCGUUUGGGCCGAGGGGCGCUGGCGUGGUGCAGGAGUUGGGGGUCGAGGAGAGGAUGUUUAUUCGCGUGCAUACGUUUGGGAAGGCGUUGGCUAGUCAUGGGGCCAUCGUGCUCUGCUGUCCUGACACCCGCGAGUAUCUCAUCAAUUAUGCCCGCAGUCUCAUCUAUACCACCGCCUUGGGAUUCCCUUUCCUGGCUUCCAUUCGAACGGCGUAUGAGCUGCUUGCCGAGGGCGAAACUGAAGAGCUCCAACGCAACCUCCAACAUUUGAUCCGUUACCUGCACACCCGGCUCGGAGAGCUGGGGGCCUGGGAUCCCGCCGUCUUCGAGGUCGACCAUUUCCCGCGCUCCCCCAUCUUCUCCCUGCGCAGCCCGGUGCCUCGCCAGCUGGCUACCGUCUGUCAGCGCAAAGGGUAUCUCGUGCAUGCCAUCAUGUCACCCACCGUCCCGGCCGGCCAGGAACGGGUGCGCGUCUGUCUGCACGCGGGUAACACGGUCGAGGAGAUUGACGGGUUGGUUGAGACCAUCCAGGCCUGGUUGAAUAGCCUGGCGAGCGAGAAGCGAACGGCCAGACUUUAA